CGUUGGCAGUUUUCAGAGUUUUCGAUUCCGAUUGGUGUCGCGAAAUCGAAUGGGCGGAGUCGCAGGAGUGGGACUGCGGAGGGAACGGAUCGCGGGAGUAUCCCGAAGAACGCGAGGCGUGGAGGGCGGCUCGGUCUGUGCCAGAAGUGCAGGCAGUUGAAUAGAAGAAAGUGGUUCGGAGCUUUUUCCACUUCUACCAUUGGGAAUUUAAUUUCAUCAUCUCUGACUCUGUCCUUUAAAAAAGAAAGAAAGAGAAGCAGCAACCGAGAGUCAGACUCACACACAACAUGUUGUUGCGCAGAAGGACUUCCACUCCCUGGCUGUGCUAUUAAUGUUAGCAAUCAGGAAAAGCCUUUGGGGGCUGCAGAUUCUCUCUAGUCUGAUGCUGCUGCCACCACCACCACUGCUGCUCAGGAUUUUGGUGCAGGAAAUCCAAACUGCUGCCUUCUCUGUCCGCUGAGCUCUUCACAUCUGCAUGUCUCUGCUGCUCGCAAACGCACCAUCUCACGCCCUCUCUCCAUGGACUGACUGCUGUGGAGGAAAGACAAGCCUGCCCAACUGAUUAUUUUGCUCCCCCCACACCCUUUUGGGAGGAACACAAAUUAUAUUUAUUUGUGAUAUUCUGGAGGAUCUGUUCGGUGGAUAACCUUUUUGUGGGGAGGAAACAUGACGUCGCCAGCUAAAUUAAAAAAGGAUAAGGAGAUCAUAGCUGAAUAUGACACUCAAGUCAAAGAGAUUCGAGCCCAGCUUAUUGAACAACUGAAAUGUCUUGAUCAGCAAUGUGAACUGAGAGUCCAACUGCUCCAAGAUUUGCAGGAUUUUUUUCGCAAGAAAGCUGAAAUUGAAAUGGAUUACUCCAGGAACUUAGAGAAGCUGGCUGAACGAUUUCUGGCAAAAACAAGGAGCACCAAAGACCAGCAAUUCAAGAAGGAUCAAAAUGUUCUUUCUCCGGUCAAUUGCUGGAAUCUCCUCUUAAAUCAGGUGAAGAGAGAGAGCAGGGACCACACUACUUUGAGUGACAUCUAUCUGAACAAUAUAAUCCCUCGGUUUGUUCAAGUCAGUGAAGACUCUGGACGACUUUUCAAAAAGAGUAAAGAAGUUGGACAGCAGCUCCAAGAAGACCUGAUGAAAGUUCUGAAUGAGCUCUACACGGUAAUGAAGACCUACCAUAUGUACAAUGCUGACAGUAUCAGUGCCCAAAGCAAGCUGAAAGAGGCAGAGAAGCAAGAGGAAAAACAGAUUGGUAAGUCUGUGAAGCAGGAGGAAAAGCAAACUCCACGCUCCCCUGAUUCAGCCUCCAGUGUCAAGUUUGAAGAAAAGCAUGUCCGACGGAGCUCCGUCAAGAAGAUUGAGAAAAUGAAAGAGAAGCGCCAAGCAAAAUACACAGAAAAUAAACUGAAGGCUAUUAAGGCAAGGAAUGAAUAUCUGCUGGCUCUGGAAGCCACCAAUGCAUCUGUAUUCAAGUAUUAUAUCCAUGACCUGUCAGACCUCAUUGAUCAGUGCUGUGACCUAGGAUAUCAUGCCAGCCUUGGUAGGGCACUUCGGACAUUCCUAUCAGCAGAACUGAAUCUAGAACAAUCAAAGCACGAAGGCCUGGAUGCCAUUGAGAAUGCCGUUGAAAAUCUGGAUGCCAACAGUGACAAGCAACGUCUGAUGGAAAUGUGUAACAGUGUCUUCUGCCCACCCAUGAAGUUUGAGUUUCAGCCCCACAUGGGUGACAUGGUAUUCCAGCUGUGUGCCCAGCAACCAGUGCAGAGUGAGUUGGUACAAAGAUGUCAGCAGCUGCAGUCUAGGCUAUCCACUCUGAAGAUUGAAAAUGAAGAGGUUAAAAAAACAAUGGAAGCCACACUACAGACUAUUCAGGAUAUUGUCACUAUUGAAGAUUUUGAUGUAUCCGAUUGCUUCCAGUACAGCAAUUCUAUGGAGUCUGUAAAAUCAACAGUUUCUGAAACCUUCAUGAGCAAGCCAAGCAUUGCCAAGAGACGGGCCAAUCAACAGGAGACUGAACAGUUCUACUUCACAAAAUUGAAGGAAUAUCUGGAAGGGAGGAAUCUCAUCACCAAGCUCCAGGCCAAGCAUGACCUCCUCCAGAAGACUUUGGGAGAAAGUCAAAGGACUGACUGCUCUCUUGCGAGCAGACGCAGUUCUACUAUAAGAAAGCAGGAUUCCAGCCAUGCAAUUCCUUUGGUGGUAGAGAGUUGUAUACGUUUCAUUAGCAGACAUGGACUUCAGCAUGAAGGAAUAUUCAGGGUAUCUGGAUCUCAGGUUGAAGUGAAUGAUAUAAAAAAUGCAUUUGAGAGAGGGGAGGAUCCACUGGCUGGAGACCAAAAUGACCAUGAUAUGGAUUCAAUAGCGGGUGUCCUAAAGCUCUAUUUUCGUGGACUAGAACAUCCCCUUUUCCCCAAGGAAAUCUUUCAUGACCUGAUUGCCUGUGUCACAAUGGACAACCUGCAAGAGAGAGCUCUGCACAUCCGAAAAGUCCUGCUGACAUUGCCUAAAACCACAUUGAUUGUAAUGAGAUACCUCUUCACAUUCCUCAGCCAUUUAUCUCAGUUCAGUGAAGAGAACAUGAUGGACCCCUAUAAUUUAGCCAUCUGCUUUGGACCCACACUGAUGUCAGUGCCUGAAGGCCAUGAUCAGGUCUCCUGCCAAGCUCAUGUUAAUGAGCUCAUCAAAACUAUAAUCAUACAACAUGAGAAUGUCUUCCCAGGACCAAGAGAGAUGGAGGGACCUGUAUACACCAGGGGUGGAAGCACUGAGGAUUACUGUGAAAGCCCUCAUGGAGAGACUGCCUCCACAGAAGAUGUCACUCAGGAUAUAACUAUUGAACACCAUACAAGUGAUGAUGAAUGUGAACCCAUUGAAGCAAUAGCCAAAUUUGACUACUCGGGCAGAACCGCACGCGAGCUGUCCUUCAAAAAGGGGGCUUCCCUCCUGCUUUAUCACCGGGCUUCUGACGACUGGUGGGAAGGCCGUCACAACGGCAUUGAUGGUUUAAUCCCUCAUCAGUACAUUGUUGUCCAGGACACUGAGGAUGGGAUGUCUGAAAGAUCAAGCCCAAAAUCUGAAGUAGAAAUAAAUUCCGAGCCACCUGAAGAAAAAGUGACAGCCAGAGCUGGUUCAAAUUGUCCAAGCGGCAGCCACGUGGCUGACAUUUAUCUUGCAAAUAUCAAUAAACAAAGAAAGAAGCCUGAGUCAGGGAGUAUACGAAGAGCAUUCCGUCAGAGUGACAGCCAUGGAUUACCCAGCUCACUGGGGGAACCCACUUCAUCUGGAGCUAUAGCUAGUCCUCGUCCUUCCUCACAACCCAUUAUGAGCCAAAGCCUCCCAAAGGAUGUACCAGUCCCAGAUGCAUGCUCCAUCAGUGGCCAUGGAAGCCUCAAUUCUCUCAGUCGGCAUGCUUCUCUGAAGAACAGAAUAGAUAGCCCCCAUAUCCGGAAGAACGUGACGGCAGGAAGGUCAAAGAGCUUUAAUAACCACCGACCCAUGGAUCCUGAAGUCAUUGCACAGGAUAUUGAAGCUACUAUGAAUUCUGCUCUGAAUGAGUUGCGGGAGCUGGAAAGGCAAAGCAGUGUGAAACACACACCAGAUGUUGUUCUUGAUACGCUGGAGCCACUGAAAAUGUCCCCUAUAGUUGCACCCACCUCUGAGCCUUCCAGCCCUUUGCAUACUCAAAUCCUCAAGGACCCAGAACCAGCCUUUCAGCGGAGUGCCAGCACAGCAAGUGACAUUCCCUGUGCCUUCAGGCCAGCAAAAUCUGUCAAAAUGGCUGUCCAGGUCAAACCUCCAGCCACUAGGCCAAAGCCAGCAGUUUUCCCCAAAACAAACUCCUCAAGCGCUGCAGUUGCCUCAGCUUCUCAACAGUCUACUGACAAGUCUUGUACUGUGUAAAACUGAAAAGCCUACUGUGAAUACAGCAUUUUUGUUUCAGCUUAGGGAACUCUGUUAAGGAGACCUUACAAUUUCUAUUUAAUUAGUAUUGAACUUCUACUAAAGAUUAGUUCAUGAGUUACUGGUGCCAGGAAUGUUCCCACCAAGAAAGAUCCAGCUAAUUAAGCCUCGCAUUACACCACCAUUGGCAUUUACUAGGGUGUCAAAAGUCUGUGUAACCUGAGACAGAAAGCCUGAGGUCCUUGUGAAAUCAAUGACGGAAAGGCACAAUUAAUUAGCUUAUUACUGGUAACUAAUCAAUGCCUUGUUCAAGUGUCUGGUUGCUGGGAGACAUUUCAAUGACCGCAUGACUUGGAAAUUGGUAGAAAGGAUUUUCUUGCUUCAACCACUACAGGGAAAACAAUAAGGUGUUUGUUAUUGACGGAUACUUUUGUUGCCACUGGCUAAAUGGGUUUUGCGCAUGACUAUAGUCCUCAAUAGUGCUACAGGAUGUAUUAAUUUUUCAUUCUCUUUGGUCUCUUUUCAGGCAUACCCAUUCUCAAACACUAGGUUCGGUGUUUUCAAUCCUAGGUUGAAAAUCCUUAUGAAAUGUGCCUGGAAAGCCUAGCCCUGGGCUAAUAAGGCAUGUUUAUAUACAGACAUAUAUGUUCAUUUAAAAUUAAACUAAUCUUAUGGGAGAAAGAAAAAGUCUGAGAUCUCGCACACAUAAAACACUUCCUAUUUACUGUAUAUAUUUCCAUGGUGCUUCCAGAACAUAAGGAAACCCAAAUAUUUCAGAAUGAGAUUUCAAUUAAAUAGCCUUUUUUCAUGGGGACCCAGCAGACAAACUGAAGAAAUGUUAAAAACUUAAACAAGCUAUUACAGUUCAUUUUGUUUUUCUCAUUCUCCCUCACACUCCUUAUCUUUCUUUGAUUCAGUCUGCUAUGUGUUUGAGAUAUAAUUGGCAGCCUAAAUUUAAGAAAAUCAACAGUUUUGAGACAGGGGUAUGUCCAGUAUGCACCAUAUUUCUGGGAUAGAUUACCCUUUCCUCAAGUAUUUCACUGAUGAUCCAAUGAAUCAGCUUAAUAUGAUAUUUUCUAUGAUGGCUCCAAAUUCCAAUUCCAACAAAUGACACAGACUUUUGUUUUCAUUUAUUGGAAAAUAAAUUCCUAUUCAAGAUAGGAUCAUCUUAAAAACAAAGGAAAGGUUUUGAAUUAAAAUGGAUUUUAUUCCACUUCUCCAAUUGUCAAUUGAUACUGAGAUAAAGAACUGAAAUGUGUUUGUUUAAUGCUCUAGGUUUCAAAUUCCAGCCUGUUUUUCUUAAUAUUAUAGUUAGUUUUUUAAAAUAAUUAUGUGAACAAAUUGACAGUAUUUUUUUCAGAUUAUGGCUAUUUAAACCCAUCUUUUCUUUUGAUUUUCUUACUCCCCCACUCCCCAAAUGCUGGGAUAUUUAAUCGCCUCUAAAAGGCCUCACAAUCUCAGAGAUAAAAUCAAACCACGAGGAUUUGGGGAAUCAUUUUCUCCCUGUUUGUGUGUCCACAUUUCCUCUACAUCUUACGUUUUUAGACUUGAGUACUGCAGUCUGAUAAUUAACUCUCAGGAUUAGUCAGAACUCCUUCCUAUUAUGUUUCACUCAGGCAAAACUACUGGAUAUUUUAGAGUACUUUUUUUUAAAGGUUACACUAUUGCUGCCAAUUUUUAAGACAGAGGGGGAGGGUUUUUUUGCCUGUGAUGGCCAGAGGGACGAUCAGCAUUAUGUCUCUUCUGGAGCACUUAAUACUAAUAAACCCCCAAUGCCUACUGAAAGUCUCCCUUUCAUUAAGAGCACACGAAAAGCCUUAGCACAUGGUGUGAGCAGGCAUGUCUCAUUUUGCAAGGUGAUGGGCAACCUUGCUAAUCAAAAUAACUCAAGUAAAUAACACUUCAUUUUUACUAGGUUUAUACCAUGCUUUGUACCCUUGGAAAGCUUCCAGGUACCCAACUGGGUUGUGUGUGUAUGUGUGUGUGCAUUAAGAGUGUUUUUUAUGCAGGUAGUAGUUGGCAAUUUUUGUCUAUUUAACUGUCCUUUUGGUAUGUGUUUACUCUCUCUCAACACUGGCAGAAUUCUCAAUUUACAUGCAAUUAAGUGUCCCUCAACUGGAAUCUUAAGUGUACACAGAGAUUUAUAUUGCAUAUAUAAAUACUUAAAUCACCUAUCUUAAAAUAUAUAGGUGGCAUGGGAACAGCUUCUGCUCCACAUUCAAAAGUAAAGUGCUUUCUCCAGAUAGAUGAUGAUCAGAGUAUUGCAGAAAGAGAGAUAAUUAAGUUGGGCCACAUUGACAUGACAAACCUUCAUUGACUAUGUUAAUUAACAGUCAUUGAUUUCUAUCAUUCUACUUUGGUGAAAUUCUUAAGAUACUUAGAAGUUCCCAUUUCUACUUACACAUAGAAGAAAGUACUGAUGUCAUUCAGAGGAUGGAAGAGAAGACUUCUUAAAAGUAAUUGGCACAAUUCUAACUCUGGUGCUAAUGGCCAGAAAGUAUUAGGGUGGCACAUUAAUGUCUCUCUUGUCAGUAUCCAUCAAUAUAUAUAGGUGGCAACUUAUAUCUGGAAGGUCUUUUACCAGCAGGAAGAGAUGAAGUACAGAACUUUCAGCCAAGAACUUUGAUUGUUCUUGGCUGCUACUAUGAACAAAGUCAUGCCAUAAGCAAUGUAAUCUAAAUUAAGCAGUGAUACAGAAACUUUUAUGACUAGACGUAUUAAUAACCCUUUUUGGCUACUGUAAUAAAUCUCUGUGUAACAUGCAACAAAUCAUUCUCAAUAUAAGAUGUCCACAAAUGCAUCGCAUUUCUCAUAUUUUGUAGCCAAAUUCAGUUAAAAUUAGAAAACAAGUCCCAUCAAACAUAAGAGCAUUUCCUGCAAAGUAAGCAUAGGGUUAUCCAGUUUUUGCAACCCAAGUUGCCCGUAAAAUGUUUUAUGGAACUGGAAUCUUACCCAUAGGUUUGCGCUAUUUUUAGUUAAAAUCUUCCUGAAUUUUAAAGCCAAAUGUUGAUAACUGGAACCAUGCUUUUUAAGAAAUGUCUUGUAUGAAAAUAUCACCUGAUAAACAUAUGAAAGUAAUCUAAGUAGACAUUUGAAAGAAAGGCAGCUAGCUGUUAGUUUUCUGAGCAGAAUUUUGAACACUAAAAUAAUACUCUUUUUUCCACUCAUGCUGUGGAAAACUCUGGAAAAUGCUGGUACUGUGACCGUGAAACAUAGUUUUUCUUACAAUUCUUCAUUUGAAUAUUGUUCUAUUGAGGUAAUAGAAUUCCCCCUGACAUGUAGAGUAGAGCAGACAAAGCAAGAACUUUUCCAGUUUUGACUCUUCAAGAAUAGGCAACUUAUAAUGAGCCCCUAGAACAGGGGUGUCAAACUCAAGGCCUGGGGGCCAGAUCCAGCCUGUGGGGUGCUUAGAUCUGGCCCACAGGGUCACCCUGGAAACAGGGCCACAGGCGAUCCUCCUGAGCUCCGUUUUCACUGGCAGAGGGUUGCAGGAGACCAUCGCAGCCCAAAAUGGAGCUCAGGAGCCCGUUUUCGCUGGCAGAGCGCUUGGGCCACCACAGGCGCCCCCGACACAAGUGACAUCGAGCUGGCCAUGCCUACUCUGGUCACCAUGGCCCCCCGAGGUCAAACAACCCUGAUUAAAUUGAGUUUGACAUCCCUGCCCUAAAAUAACUUGACUAGCUGAAAGAAUGGUUUUUCCUACAGGAUCAUGACUGCAUAUCAGAUUCAGAGCUGCAUAAACUUUUGCUUGCCUACUUGAAAUUCUUCUAACUUGAGAGUUUUUAUUUCACAACUGAUCUUAAUCCUUCCUUGUGCUAGCUAGCCAUGAUUAUCUUCUCUAGACUAAUCAGAAUUUAGUGGAAGCCCACUCCUCAAUUACCAUCACCCUUCCUGUUUUUUUCUCUGCUAUCUGUGAAGAAGGGAGUUGAGGAAGGAUUAUUGCAUACCCUUUAAUAUUCAAUUUUAUUCUCCUUUUGGAUUAUACCAGAAAGAUAAAACUCUACUUUUAAAUUUCUUUUGCUUUGGUGGGUGUCCCCAGUUUUCUGAGUAGUUUCAAAAGAAAGGCUUGAUUGCUGAAGCCUGACAAUAACUUAAAAAACAGAGUAAAUUCUGAGGCCACCAGUUUCCAAGUUCUGAUUUGUUCUUGAUUCCAGAAAGCAUCUGAGCAUGAUAGAUAUAAGCAAACUCCUCAAUAGCCAAUUUGCUUAUUUUCUAGAUAGACCACAGCCCCAAAGGAUUGAAAACUUUUCAAGGCUAAAAUUGAUUUCCAUUGAACCUUUUCUAGAAAGCAAUGUACAGUUUAAGAUGGCUUUCACUAACUACUGAAGUUUAAUAAAGAUUUUUAAGAAGCAGGAAGAAAAGCUAGUUGUCUUGUUUAUGAGCCUUCAGUCAGAUUUGCAACUUAUAAAAUAUCAAGAGGUGGCCUUAGGCUGUAAUUUCUCAAAGAGACAAUGCAUUUGGGGAGUUAUUUUCCCAGUGUUAGCAUGAACAUGGUGCUGAAUAACCUCCCACAACUAAGUGAAUACUAAUACAUUUUAUUCACAGCAAGCAUUCUAUAUUGCUUACAGCUUUACAGUUCUCAGAAAUGUUUCCAACCUCAGCCAAUCUGAAAUCAUGCUCAGACUGCACAAGGCAUGGAGAAAUAGCCUACUUUUGCUCUGCUGUGUAGCACACAAAUAACUAUGCAUGAGCAGUAGCUGCUUUUAAAAAUGUUAACAACUCUUCCAAUUCACUUGCUUAAACAGAAAGGAAAAAUAUUUAAUCGAUGUUUCCAUCUGAGGUGAUCAUGCAAGCAUGGAGUGGAAAAAUAUUUAAACUUUUGAGAUAGUUUUUUAAAACAAUUUAACACUGCAAGAACAGAUUGUAUAUUUAAAUAUAUAUCUAUAUCUAUAUAUGUAUCUUUUGGUACAUUUUUGCUUCUAAACAAGUGAAGUGAAAAUUAUCUUCAUUACUGUAGCAGCAUUCUAAUAAUUUUUUUAAAGGACUUUUGCUGCUUAAUCACUCUGUCUCUGAAAGUAGGAGGGAGUAAUCUGCCCACAGAGAGCUUCAUGGAUUGGGCUCUGUGAGUGCCAAAAUGUUAGAGCAAUAUAUUUAAAAUACAAACAGGUAAUGGAAAAGACAGACUGAAAUCCAUGUAGCCAAAACCCAGCAAAUGCUGAAGCAAAUGUAUUUGAAAAAGGGCAGCACUGUCUUUAUUCUACUGUAUGUAACACAGUUCAGUUGCACAGUGAAGCAAUUUUCAGUUCUUGUGUUAAAAUCUAAUCCUGUGAAGUCAGGUUUGAGUCCACACAAUGCUUUUUUAAUUAAUUGCAGCUGUAAUGGGUUUGGAAUGAAAUAUUUUUUUAUUUUAAAAGCAAUUUUCAAUUGUUCUUUAUCUUCUACACCAAUCUCUACAUGCGGUGUAUAUAUUUUCCUGUCAAAUCAAAAAGCAAAGCAAGAAACCUGUACUUUGUAUAUACUAUUAUGUACAAUAUUGGAGGUACAUCUCUUCUUUCUUUUGGUACAGUAUUAGAAGAGUAAACGUGUUGGAACUGUUAAAUCCUUCCUGAAGUAAAACAAAUCUUUGUCGUCAUUAGCAAUAGUUUUGGAGAAAUAAAUGUUUGGGUAUGGUGGAAGUGGUGGCCUACAGAUAAAAUUGUGUGAUGUCUAAUUUCUGCAAAAGAUACAGAGAGUAAGCUGUGUGUUGGUGAGAAUUGCCACUAUAUUCUAAGUAGGUCCCUGCAAACUGUGCCAAAUCUGCCAUUUUUUUUUUUAUCAUGGAAAUAAAAUAUUGUAAGCACAGAAGAUUUCUGUUUUGAAAUCCGUAUUACUGGAAAUAUGAGCAAUUUGUAAAACU